AAUUAAAAGUAAAAGAAAAGAGAGCUUCGCCUGGCUCCAAUGGCUGCCCCAUUGCUUAAGCCCUAGAAAAAUCUCAAACCUCUCUCUCUGCUCUACUCUACUCAGCACUCGCUCGCUCAGUCGGCUAUUUCGCUCCUCCGUGUUGCUCGUCCUCUCGGGAUUGUUCGCUGCAAUCGACCCGCCGGCCCGUUUCUCCUUCCUUCCAGAGAGGGGGGAGAAAUGGAGGCGAAGCGGUUGAGCAACGGGCCAAUUGUGGCUUCGCCGGAUGGCAGCGGUCGCACGAGAUCUCCGCAACCUAGCUACAGCAGCAGAGCUGUUCGGGAAGCAUUGGAACACCUAGCUUCUGUUGAUUUGGUCGAUUUGUGCAAUGAGGCGAAGAUUGAGCGGUGCCGGGCAAUUAGAGACUUGAGAAGUUGUGGCCGCUAUGUACUUCAUGUUUUAAACUCCUGCAGUCAUGCAUCCUUGUGUGCAGAGUGUAGUCAACGUUGCGAUCAUUGUCCGAUCUGUAGAACCCAAAUACCCAAAAGUGGCAACAGACUUCGGCUUCGUCUGUACUAUGAGUGUAUCGAGGCUGGCCUUAUCUCGAAAAGAUGUGACGAGAGAUUUCAAGAAAGAGAAGAUGAGAACCAGCUGAACGCGGAUGUUCUACGUCUAUAUUCUUUGUUUGAUGUGGCAUUAGAGAAUAAUUUGACGUCUUUAAUAUGCCACUAUGUUACAGAUGUUUGUAUGGAUGAAAGUGCCGUAUCUAGUGAUCCUGUCACUGCAUUCUUGCUUGAUGAAGUGGUUGUAAAGGAUUGGUGCAAGAGAACAUUCAGUAACAUCGUGGCAGAGCUUCGAGGCAUUUAUAACCUUGAAUUGAAGGAUAUGAAAAGCAGGUUGAGUUUGCUUCUCAGUUAUUCUGUGCCACUGGCUGGCAUGUCUAAUGUACUAGAAGUUUUGGAGUCGUCGUUCAAGGGAAGUCUUUCCCCGCAGUUGCACGACUUGCACCAUCUUCAUGAGAGCAUAUCGAAGACAAAACAGCAUAUGGAGAUUAUGACGUGGUGCAUACGGCAUGAAUUUUUAGCAACUCUGGGGUCUCGGUAUGCUAAUUAUGAACAAUGGCGCAAGUUUUUCCGAGAGAGAAAAUCAGCUGCAAUAAAGCGUUCAUGGCCUGAUGUCAUGAAUCUCUCCACUGAAUCUGGUGGACAGGAAGGUUCCCUUUUCAUUGAAGAUGCUGUAGCAAAUCUCGAGAUAAUCGAGGAAGGUACGAAUGAAAUGGGAGAGGAGUCAGAGCUCUUUUCUUUGCAGAAAAGUGGAGGCUCCUUGUUCCUUAGGGCUAAGGUAGAAGGGUUAUCUGGAUGCUAUCCAUUUGAAAACCUUCGUGCUGCAGCUGACAUGUUAUUUUUAUAUGGAAGUUCUGAUUUGGUGGUUGCAAAGCGGGCAAUUUUUCUCUAUUACCUCUAUGAUCGUCACUGGACAUUACCUGAUGAACUCUGGAGAAACGUCGUAGAUGACUUUGCAGCAUCUUUUGGUGUAACCAGGCAUUUGCUGCUGGAGUCUCUAACAUUUUAUCUCUUGGACGAUCCCACAGAUGAAGCUUUGAAGGAAGCUUGUCACCUUCUUCCAGAGAUCUCAGGCCCAACAACUCAUCCUAAGAUUGCCCAAGUAUUGUUAGAGAGAGGAAUGCCAGAUACAGCCCUGAUGGUUUUACGUUGGUCUGGGCGCGAUGGUGGAUCACAGUUAAUCUCACUUCCUGAGGCCAUUACUGCAGUUCGAGUUAGGGUGGAGUGUGGGCUGCUGACUGAGGCAUUUACUUAUCAGAGAACGCUUUGUUCCAAAGUCAGGGAAAGGAAGCUUAAGUAUGAAGCUGCUGUUGAUCCUUCCAAUGCCAUUACAGGUGAAUGCAGGACUUGGGUGGAAUGGAUGGAAAUUUUAGUCACUGAAAUAUGUUGCCUUUCCAUUAGGAGAAAGCUUGUAGAUCGAAUGAUAGAGUUGCCUUGGAACUCUGACGAGGAGAAGUAUCUUCACAAGUGUCUAAUGGAUUAUGCAACCGAUGACCCUUCAAGUAUCAUUGGAAAUCUUCUCGUUGUUUUCUAUCUCCAGCGACACAGGUAUUCUGAGGCAUACCAAGUUGAUUGUGAGCUGCAGCGCCUGGAGCAGGAAUUUGCAUUGGCCACUUCAGCUAGUCAAGACGUGUUAUCUAGAAUGCAAGUAGCUAGUCACUGGAGAAAAGAGCUAGUGGAGAAGUGUAUAGAGUUGUUGCCAGAGGUGCAGCAGCAACAAAUAAAGAGUGAAAAGUUGCCCGACAUUGCCGUCACCUGUGAAGAUGCUCAUAUGCCUGAAGAAUGUGAUCUUCGGCUUGAACAUAGGCCUAUUCCUUACAGUUCUUCAAUUCCUUUAGCUGUGGAUUCUUCUGUUAUCUUAAAUGAGGUGAUGACGCCUUCCUCAAAACAAUCUGAUUUGGUGAAUCCUAUCAAACUACCUGUAUCCAGUGCCAAGUUUGCAGUUGGACUUGGUAACACUGACUGGGCUUCAGUUUCCGGAGAGUCAUUGCUUUUGAAUACAGAAAGAGGCUCAAAGCUUCUUGGCAGAAGUUUAAAAAAUGAUCCAUCAACAUCUGGAGCUUUUGAUUUCAAACCUGCCUCACCAUUGCAAAGGUUUCCUAGAGGUUCACCCAAGUUUCGUCAGAAGAGUUGGCCCCAGGGCAAUUUGUCUCAUCAUAUUUUCUCAGUGGUAGAACCAAAUGGAUUCAGCGACGAAGUCCAGAGAAGUAGUCAUUUACACUCUCAAUCACCAAUGGCGAAUUCUCGGUCUUCACCUGCUAGCCACCGCGGUCUAUUGAGAAGUUCUAAGCAGGACCUUCACAAAACAGUAUCUGGCAAAAGGGUCCAUUCAGAGGCCGAUGGCGUGCCUUGGAAUGCUGUUUCUUCAGAUGAUCUAAUGGACAUCUCUUGGAGCAGUGGUGAGAAAUCUUUGGCGGUCGAGGAUGAGAAUCAAGCUCGAGCACUGAGAUGGAGAUCCGAUGAAACUAGUGAUGAAGAAGAGGAGCCACAUCAGCAGAGAUUUGUGGGGACAACUCCUUACCGAUCUCCCGUUACUGCAAUUCGAAGAAGCAGAUUUGCCAGGAGAUGAUGAUUGCAUGGAUUCAUUUUGCAUUGAGCUCCCUUGUUACUUGCGAUUGAUCUUCCUGUUUGGAAGCGGGACAAAUAUAAAACAGCUGUAACUUUUGCCUGAAGUGGGUUCAUGCCAAACUUUUGCAGCUUCGACUUGGUGAAGGAGCUGCUAUUAUGUAUGUCCUUAUGUAUAAUUCCCCCGGAGUCUCCUGCGUGGAGUUCUCGAUCGGGGAACGAGCUUGAGCAGUUGCCGUGUUCUUACAUCUUCAGAGUGACUCAUGGCACAUAGCAUUUUAUGUCAGUCUCGGCAAAAUUUUUGUGAACCUGUAACCGGAUCUGAGUGCCUUGAGAUCAUUUUGAUUAAGAGAUUUUGAGCGUCUAGGCAAAGCAGA